CCGUUGGAUUACGAAGAUCCAGCACAACGUAACGGAUUCACGUUCGGCAUUCGUGUUUAUGAUGGCCGAUACUACGCAACAACUAAAUUGUACAUCGAGCUCCAAGAUAAAAAUGAUAAUCCGCCGGUCAUCAACGGACCGCAACAUGUGCAGUUACAUGAAGAUGCAUGGUUUGGCAAAGAGGUUGCCAAAUUCACGCAAGAAUACAUUCAUUCAUCGGCGGAUCAUUUAAAUAAUGAUCGUCAUAUUAAAGUUAUCUCGAGAAAUUUAAAAAUCUCACAAAAUUCCAUACUUUGGUGGCUUCUUCUGAUUAUUUUAUAUACAUCAGUAGUAGCAGUAGUGAAAGGUCAAGAGUUAUCACAACUCUUUCUUGGUUCCUAUCCCAGCCAAUCACGAUUCCUGAAUUUUGCCGGUAAAAGUCAGCGUGAUAUUGUAGUAAGAUUGACCAAGAAUUUAACAGAAGAUACACCUGUAGGCACAUUAAUUGCAACAUUUCGUGCCGAAGAUAAGGAUUCAAUGACACAUAAUUUAACAUUUCGAAUUAAUCGUCAAACUGAUCCAAAACGUCAAUUUUCAAUCGAUCAAAGUGGAUCGUUAUGUGUUGCUCAACGACUUGAUCGUGAAGAAAUUCCGAAAUAUAAUUUAGUUGUUGAAGCAUUUGAUUCUGCCGGAAAUGUCGGAUUUCAAACGAUUGAAAUUUACGUGCAGGAUGUUAAUGAUAAUGCUCCGGUACCGUAUACCAUACCAAAUCCGUGUGUUUUCAUGGAAAAUACCGAUCCAACAAUGCAACCAACCUGUGAGAUACGAGCAUACGAUCCGGAUACAAUCGAGAAUGGACCACCUUUCAUGAUGAAAUUAGCAUCAGAUUUUAAAUUUGGUGCAUAUCUCAAUGUUGUUUAUAACAAAAAUGGUGAUAACGGUAAUGGUUCAAUGACUGUGACAGCAAAACAACGAUUGGAUCGUGAAGCUGAAUUUCCCGGAAAGCAACUUGAAAUUCCAAUAAUUCUAAAAGAUUCGGGUGGUUUACAAUCAGAACGCUCUGUUUACAUCAUUAUUGGUGAUGAGAAUGAUAGUCCAAUGAGAGAUGGUGAAAUGACCAUUUUUGUGAAUAGCUAUUUGGGACAUCUCGGGAAGACGGUAAUUGGACGAGUAUAUGUUGAGGAUAAAGAUGAUUGGGAUUUACCGGAUAAAGUAUUCUCAUGGGCUGCUGGCAAAUCUUUACCUGGCUUCAGUCUUGCUAUCAAUGGAGAGAUUACAAUGGAUGCUAAUAUGCCACCUCGAACAUAUCAAAUGAUUGCAAACGUUGUUGAUAAACGACGUAAUGAGAAAGCACAAGGUGUUGUUAAUGUAAUUAUAAAGAAAGUACCUGCUGCUGCUUUCGAAAAUCAGGGUGCAAUAAGAAUUAUGCUCUCACCUAAUGGGCUUCAUUCACCGGAUAGUUUUAUAAGAAUUGAUUCGACUGGUUCCAGUCCGAUGAGUCGAUUUGUGAAUAAAAUGAAUGAAUAUUUAGAUGGGAAUUCAGAAUUGGACGUCUUUUCCAUUAAGCAAGAUCAAAUGGUAUUGCAAAAUUAUGCUCCAACUGUAUUAGAUGUUCGUUUUUCUGCACAUGGUACACCGUACAAAAGUCCAAUCUUGUUGAAUGGUUUAAUUGCACAGUAUCGAAGUGAAUUAGAACAUGCAAUUGGUGCAACAAUUGUAUCAGCUGGUAUUGAUAUGUGCAAAUUUACUGUAUGUGAUAAAGGUUGCCAAACUGUUCAUCAUGCUAAUGAG